AAAUCCUUUAUUUGAAAUCAAAAGAUUAUUAAUUUUAUUGAGUGUCAAGAGGGGCUCCUCAGCCAAAGGGAAAGAGAAACACAGGCACACGCCCACAACUGUUGUAUUUCGCUGUGACAUUUCCUCAAACGCAUACACAGCAAUAGCUCUUGUCGGAAAAUGUCGCUGAGACCGAGCACAAGAACCGAGGUGAGGAAGAAAUCAUACAAGACAGGAGUGGAUGCUGACGAGGCGAGAAGGAGAAGAGAAGACAAUCUGGUAGAGAUCAGAAAGAAUAAACGAGAAGAUAAUCUGUUGAAGAAGCGACGAGAAGGGUUGUUACUUCAAUCACAACAUUUGCUCGAUGCUUCUCAAAAUGCUGACGCUGUUGAAAAGCGGCUGGAGAGUAUUCCUGUGAUGGUUCAAGGAGUGUGGUCUGAUGAUCCUGCUUCUCAGUUGGAAGCAACUACUCAGUUCAGGAAGUUGUUAUCAAUUGAACGAAGUCCUCCCAUUGAUGAAGUGAUUAAAGCAGGUGUCGUCCCACGGUUUGUGGAGUUCCUCGGAAGGCAUGAUCUGCCACAGUUACAAUUUGAAGCUGCAUGGGCUUUGACCAAUGUUGCAUCUGGGACAUCAGAGCAUACACGAGUUGUCAUUGAGCAUGGCGCAGUUCCUUUGUUUGUGCAGCUUCUUGGCUCUGCAAGUGAUGAUGUCAGAGAGCAGGCAGUAUGGGCAUUGGGCAAUGUUGCUGGUGACUCACCAAGUUGCAGGGAUCUUGUUCUUGGGCAUGGGGCUCUGAUGCCAUUACUAGUUCAGUUAAAUGAACACUCAAAACUAUCCAUGCUGCGGAAUGCUACUUGGACAUUGUCCAACUUCUGCCGUGGCAAGCCGCCAACACCAUUUGAACAGGUGAAAGCUGCAUUGCCAAUUCUUAGGCAACUAAUCCACUUGAAUGAUGAAGAAGUUCUAACAGAUGCUUGCUGGGCCCUGUCUUAUCUUUCAGAUGGCCCAAAUGACAAAAUUCAAGCUGUGAUUGAGGCAGGUGUCUGUCAAAGACUAGUUGAGCUUCUACUUCAUCCAUCUCCUACAGUUUUGAUACCUGCCCUCCGGACAGUGGGAAAUAUAGUUACUGGUGAUGAUGCUCAGACUCAGUUUGUAAUUGAGAACCAAGCCCUUCCAUGCCUCUAUCAACUCCUUAUGCAAAAUCAUAAAAAGAGUAUCAAGAAGGAAGCUUGUUGGACAAUAUCAAAUAUUACAGCGGGAAAUAGAGCUCAAAUACAGGCUGUUAUCGAGGCCAAUAUCAUCCUUCCUCUUGUACACCUCCUCCAACAUGCAGAGUUUGACAUUAAGAAGGAAGCUGCAUGGGCUAUCUCAAAUGCGACUUCUGGAGGAUCGCAUGAACAGAUUCAAUUCUUAGUGAACCAAGGUUGCAUUAAGCCCCUCUGUGAUCUUCUAAUAUGUCCAGACCCCAGGAUUGUGACGGUUUGCCUCGAGGGGCUGGAGAACAUUCUAAAGGUGGGUGAAGCCAAGAAGGAAAUGGGAAUGAAUGGCGGAGUGAAUCUGUAUGCACAAAUGAUUGAUGAAUGUGAUGGCUUGGAUAAAAUUGAGAAUCUGCAGACCCAUGACAACAAUGAAAUUUAUGAGAAGGCUGUGAAGAUUUUGGAGAGAUAUUGGGCUGAAGAAGAGGAGGAACAAAAUGUUCAAGAGAGUGGGGAUGGAAAUCAGCAGAGUUUUGCUUUUGGAACUAACCAGCCCCAGGGUGGCUUCCAGUUUGGGUGAAAUUAUGGAUAUAAUAAGGACAUGUUCUUUCUUUCUUUAUUUUUCUUCUUUCUCUUUUUGGAUCCCAUAGCAUUUUAGGUGUUCUGCUCCUGGGAUAAUGAACUCUAUUUUUCCUUGCUGCCAAGGGUCAGAGUUUUUGAUCUGGCACGUAGGCCUUUCAUUCAUUUGUGGGAUUGUGGGAUUGUGGGAUUUGUCAGAGGUUUCAGAUUACAGUUUUCAACUAGAUGCCUUUAUUCUAUAUUUCAUAGGAGAAAUGGUGUUUGUUAUUGUCUUCAUGUGAAUGAAAUUAAUGAAUGUGAAAAUAGCAAAAUUCUAAUGGUUA